AUGAAGUUUACCCAGGUCUUGACCAUCGCCUCCUUGGCCGCCGGCAGCACCGCUGAUGGGCAGGAGGACGCCAACAAGGCCGUCCCGGGCGCUGCGGACUCGUGGGCGGCCAAGCCUCAGCCCUCCAGCUGGUCUCGCGAAACCAGCAGAUCGCAAGAUAGCAGCUGGAACCAAUGGUCCAGCCAUCCGUACGAGACCAGCCAUCCGUACGAAACCAGCCAUCCGUAUGAAACCAGCCGGUCUCGGCAUUCUAGCCCGACUUACCAAACCAGCUGGCCUCACUCCAGCAAGACACAUCACUCCAGCCAGCCGCCGCCUACCAGCACCGUCACGCACCAUCAGACUUCGCAGCUCACGACCCGGAAGACGCAUCACAAGACCUGGACCACUGAGCAGCAGACGACCACGGUGCACAAGACCACGGAGCGCAAGACCACGGAGACCAAGACGAUUCAUUCCACCAAGACCAAGGAGCCCAAGACCGAGGUCACCACAGUCAUUUCCACGGCCUUCACCACCUUCUGCCCGGCGCCCACGACCCUCACCAUCAAUGCCGAGACGUUGACUGUCACUACUCCCACCACUCUCACCAUCAACAACUGCCCUUGCACCAUUACCCAGUCCAUCGUCCAUCCGCCUAAGACCAAGACCAAGGUCAUUCCUCCUCCUCCUCCUCAAACCAAGACUCACGUUAUUCCUCCUCCCCCCCCGGAGACCAAGACUCACGUUAUUCCUCCUCCUCCUCCCCAAACCAAGACUCACGUUAUUCCCCCGCCUCCCCACAACCAAACCCACGUUACGCCGCCGGCCAGAACCACCCAGGCCGAAGUCAUCACUGCCGGUGCCGGCAAGGCCAAUGUGGGUGUGGGAGCUCUCGUUGCUGCUGGUUUCGCCGCCAUGUUGCUCUGA